AUGGAUUCUCAAGUAUCGUCUACGCCGUUUAUUGCGGAGCAGUAUACAAAUGACAAGAAGACUCAUGUGCUACUUGCGGCCGCUACCAUUAACCUGCGCAACAUUGCAGAGGCACUAUGUCGUAAUAAAAACAUAUCAGUCCGCAUCUUAGUCACCGAGCCUGCGGAAAAGUUCCUCGCUGGACAGAGCUUGGAGCAGCCGGUUCUCGGCACUCUGCUUCAAAUAGAUGGUGUGGACGCUAUCUACCGGGACGAAGAUGAAUGGUCCCCAUCGUGGAUUCGCGGAGGACCAGUCCUGCAUAUUGAACUGCGCAAGUGGGCGCAUAUUCUACUGGUUGCCCCAAUGUCUGCAAAUACCAUGGCGAAAAUGGCUAACGGGAUCGCCGACAACCUGCUUCUCUCGGUCGUCAGGGCCUGGGAUACGACUGGAGUAGUGGAUAUGGGCUUCAAGACCCAGAAACCUAUGAUCUUUGCAGCGUUGGAUAUGGACCCCUGUACGUACAGGCAUCCAGUGACCGAGAAACAGCUUAACGUUCUACGCGAUCAGUGGGGAUGGAGUGAAUCAAACCCAGAAGGCUGGGUGACUGUGCUUCCUCCCAUAGAGAAGAACUUGGCUUAUGGAGAUGUCGGUGCUGGGAGUGCUGGGAGUAUGAUGGACUGGAGAGAUAUCGUCACUGUCGUCCAAAACUACGUGGCGGGAUCGGCGCAGAAGUCGUGA